CAGUUGCCGCCGCGGCGGGCGAGUGACGCGCGGAGGAAGCGGCGCCAUGGGCGGCUCGGCCAGUCUGAUCCCUCGGGACUUGCUGAGCGAGUACCAGGAGCUGACGUUCCUGAGCAAGCAGGAGAUCUUGCUUGCCUACAAGAGGUUCAGUGAACUGCUGCCAAGGGAGGAGAGGGAGAACGCCUGCUCCGCGCGGGUUCCCAAGAGCCAGAUCCUGACGCUGCCUGAGCUGCGGGCAAACCCCUUCCAGCACCGGAUCUGCCACGUGUUCUCAACCUCAGAGACCAGGGAUGACAGCAUGUCAUUUGAAGACUUCCUUGAUAUGCUGAGUGUCUUCAGCGAUUCUGCCACCUCUGACAUCAAAUCCCAUUAUGCCUUCCGCAUCUUUGACUUUGAUGAUGAUGGGACUCUGGACAGGAAGGACCUGGAGCAACUGGUGAACUGCCUGACGGGGCAGGGUGAGGAGUCCCGGCUGAGCAGCGCAGAGAUGGAGCAGCUCAUCCAAAACAUCCUGGAGGAGUCCGACAUCGACAAGGACGGCACCAUCAACCUCUCUGAGUUCCAGCACGUUGUCUCCCGCUCCCCGGACUUUGCCAGCUCCUUCAAGAUUGUCCUGUGACCCCGUGGCUGUCCAGCAGCGCUCCUCCAGCUCCUCCAGCACUCCUCCAGUUCCUGCAGCUCUCUGUGGGCUCAGCCAUUUCCUCUUUCAGGGAGCACGGGCCCGGCCCCUCAAUGGCCUGGCUGUGCUGCAAUGCCUUGGGCAGGAACUCUCCUGCCUGCCUCUCAGGUGCCUGCUUGGCAGCAGGGGGUCCCAGGAAUCUGCCUCUCCUGCAGCCCCUCUGCUGUCCUAGCAUUAGAAUUUGAAUCCUUAUGCAUUCCAAGGGCAGCUCAGCAUGUGAGGGAGGAAGAGCUGCUCCUGCCUGGGGCCACUCUGCAGCAGCACGGCCCCUCUCUGCCCUCAGGACCAAUUCCUGUAUUGUGCCUUCCAGCAGCUGGCAGGGAGCUGCCUCCCCUGCCAGCCUCUUCCUGCCUCUCCUGUAUUUCUGGGAGCCUCCCUGCUGCCACAUGGAUCCAUUUCUCUGAGCAAUAACCCAAAUGUGGAUCAUUUUUCGCGAGCAAUAACCCAAAUGGGGUGCUUUCUCUGAGCAGUCACUCCACAGCAGAGCUGUCCCACCACGGCUGUGCUCAGAGCCUGCACUCCUCCUCCUCCUCCCCCCCUUCCCUCUUUGCCCUCUUCUGGCUCCAGCGCAGCAGCUGCUCUGCCGCCCUGGCCUCUCCUCCCCCAGUCCCUGCGAGGACACAAUUAAAGGGCUCCGGUUUCA